AUGUUGCGGCCUUCACAAUCGCAGACCAUAUUCUUAGACCACGUUGAUAUAUCCAUUGAUUAUAUGGAGGUUCCGAUUCCGGUACGCAACGUCACCGUCGCUCAUCGCUGCACCGCUAUUCGGUCUUUUUCGGUGUCUCUCUCCUCCGUUCACAGAAUCGUCGAAUCGUAUAGCGUCUCCGUCACUCCCUCUUCGUGCAGCACUAGUGCAAACGUGAACCUGAAUCGUGUACUCGGAGAUGUCUCAAUGGCUGGAAAACAGGUUGGCGGCGAGGGCUUGUCGGUAAACAUUGCCGGAAUGUCGAAGAACCAGCUCUACGAUAUCAUGUCUCAGAUGAAGAGUCUGAUCGAACAGAACCAGCAACAGGCCAGGCAGAUCCUAAUCCAAAACCCUAUGUUAACCAAAGCGCUAUUCCAGGCACAAAUUAUGCUUGGAAUGGUGCAAGCGCCUCAAGUGGUUCCAAAAGUCCAGCCAAUGGUUUCGCAGAACAAUCAGCAGUCAGUGCAACCAACACAACAACCAAAUACUCAGCCUGCUCCAUCAUUGCCUGGGCAUGGUGGUGCACAGGAUCAAGCAGGUGUAUCACAAACACAGAUUCCUCUGAGGAAACACCAUAAUCAACCUUCAGUGCCAGUUUCAUCUGGUGUUCCUGCAAUGAGUCAUCAAUCUCAGCCCAUAGCUGCACAUUCUUUGCCAAUACCACAACAGCCUAAAGGACAUCUUGCUCCCCAAGUGGCUCUAGCGUCUCUUCCACAAUCAUCACAACUUCCAAACAUACCUCCGCCUUCACUUCAUUCAUUGUCACAACCUCUUCAUCCUACUCAGAUACCAACUGCUUCCAGUCAGUUACAGCAACCAUUGCAGACACCUGGAUUUCCGCAUAUGCCUCUGCAAUCAUCAGUUCCACAACAGAUUAGACCACCACCUGCAGUGCCAGCCUUCCAUCCCCAAUAUCCCCCUCAAAUGAGUGCGAAUUUAGGUUUUCAACAUGCUGGUGGUUCACACAAUCUUUCACAGUCCAUGUUUCAUCCAGGUACAAAACCUCCUGCUAGUGUUGGAUCCACAUUCCCACAGGGGCAGACACAACUUCCUAGUCAAAAAUCAUCUCAGCCACCUUAUCAGGUUGGUAAUAUGCCUUUAGGGCCCGAUUUUGGCAAUCAAGCUGGAAAUGCUAUGCAAGUAGACAGAGGGUCUUUGAUAGCUGGUCCCUCAGAUAACCUAGCGCAUCUUUCUGCUCCUCCUGGACAACCAUAUGUAGUUUCUGGUCCAAUGGGCGCUGCUAAUCAAGCUCUUCGACCUCCUGCGUUGACACCAGAGAUGGAGAAGGCUCUGCUUCAACAAGUCAUGAGCCUCACACCAGAGCAGAUAAAUCUCCUGCCUCCAGAGCAAAGAAAUCAAGUGCUGCAGCUACAGCAGAUGUUGCGUCAUUGA